AUGGCGGCCGCUGGGCCGCCAACCUACCCCUCCGCGGCCGCGGCCAGCGUGGCUCCCGAUGAUUUCCUCGGGGCGCAGUACCACGUCAGGGGGGCGGUGCUGAUCCACGAGAGGCCAGUCGUGCUGGCGCCGCCAAGUCAGCCAGGCGCCGCUAGCAUCGUCUUUCCCGACGGCGACGAGCACGAGGAGGCGCAAGUGGGGUCGCCCGACGUCGCGAGGUGGGACAUCUUCCCAGGCGGCGCGGCGGGUGGCACCAUGCCGCGGGCGCCUGGAGCGCGGCACUACAGGUUCCGCAGCCUGCCGAAGCCAGACACGUUGAUGGCGGCUGUUGCGGCUGCGGCUGGCCGACUCGGCCCCCCUGCCCCCCCUGGUCCCAUCGCGCCGAACGCGGCUGGCAGGGCGCUGGCGGCUGCUCUUGCGGCAGCUCCUGGCGGGCUUGCGCUUCCCGCGGUGGGUGUUGCUGCUGCGCCGGCGGCGGGCGUGGCUGGGCUGGUGGCGGCCCUCGGCG